AAUGAAAGUAAAUAAGAAUUAAUUUCACGACCUUUGGGAGUGGUGGGAGACUGUUUGGGUAUAUAUAUGGGAGCUCGGCAUUGUAAAAUCCAAUCCUAGAUAGAUAACCACCCAUACAAUAUUAGAGAACCACCCAUACUAACGGCAUGUAUGUCGUUUUCAGCCAUGAUCCGAUCCAAUGGUAUUGACAUGAACAGCAGGCUUGAAGCAGCCUACCUUGCUGACCAGAUAUCUAGAGGACGUCUAGUGAUAAUGUGGGUACCUCAUGAUGAGGGAGACCAAAGGGCUUACAAUGAACUGAUGUCAAGGGGUAGAAUGGAAGUACAAUUCAUUCCAAACAAUCCUCAUUUACCACCAAUUACAUUUGGACCCAACCCUAGACAAGCUCCCCACAACAAUAACCUCCAUUCCUACAGGUCUGCUCCUUACAACCUACAAAAUCGAAGCCUUACUUCUACCCAAACUCGUAAUCCAACAUUCUGCGUCAAUGGCUCACAAUCUAUCAAUCCCCCACCCUGCGAACCUAUCAAUCACCCACAACAACCAUUCAAUCCUACUAUUAGCCGCCCAACUCUGAAUCCUACUAUGAACAAUGGCAACAUUCCCCAACCAAACAACCAUCAAACAAAUAGCAUUCCCCUACCAAACAACCGUCAAACAAAUAGCAUUCCUCUACCAAACAGGUCCAACAAUUCUACCCAGCAGCCUAACCGUUCUACAUCAAAUCCUCCUCAUUCUUUUCUUACUCCUCCUCCUCAUCCUCCAUCUCCCUCUCCUCCUCCAUGCUUCCAAACCAGUGCUAAUUCAAGAAACCCAAGUACCCAGCCACGUCCUCAACCACAUCAAUUCCAACCCUGGAACAAUGGAGACUUUCGAUUAAUGUGGGUGCCAGAUGACCCAACCUUCCCACCCCAAACCUUCCUUUAAGCAUACCCUUCAGUACAGCUACACCCAUCACGUGAGAAUAAAUAAGGUUAGACAUUGAAAAAUGAAGUUUUAAUGCUUCGUCAAAUAACGCUGCAUGAACAAUGCUUCCAACCCUCUUUCUAUGCAUGACAGUUAUGAUGGAUAUAAUAAUACUGCUUAUUAUAUAUAUUGCAAACAUGUACCCCUACAACUAUGGAUGUCUCUAAUAUAGGUCAAACUAUUACCAGUAGAAAUGUAAUGAGCAACUAUUAACAUAUAUAUGGAAAUUACAGAUGCCGAAUUCCUCCGCUACCGCUGAUGCCUCUGCUGCCGCAGCCUCUGAUGUCACUACA